AUGCCACCGCCUGCAACCGAGCAGAAGCCAAAACCAGCUCUAUCUGCAGACAGCACACCAGAGCAGCUGAUAGAACGGCAAGAACGCCUGAGGAGGGAAUGGGAGGAGCAGCAGAGAAAGAGAGAAGAGGAGGCUCUGCGGAAGAAGCAGCAGCAGGAGGAGGAAGCUCGACGUAAGAGAGAAGAGGAAGCUCUGCGAAAGAAGAGGGAAGCAGAGGCCUUGCGAAAGAAACAGGUGGAAGAAGCUACACGGAAGAAGCAGGAGCAGGAAGCUCUACACAAGGCACAACAGUCCACCCAGUCGAAGCCUACGCCUGCUCCACAGAAAGCUGCCACGCCAGAGCUCGUCUCAGAGCCCUCUUCGCCGGUGGAGACGCAGAUACCUGUACAGAGAGAACCGGUCAUCAGCCAAGACAAAGAUGAUGUCGUUGACAAUGUCAAGCGUGUACCUGACGAGCAACUCCCUUCGCACCAGGAACGACAAAGAUCGGAUUUCGAAAAGCGCUUCACGGCCUUGAUGGAUGAGCUACUGCCCAAGAUUGCUGUGGUCACACAAAAGGUCAACACCUACACUGGAACGGACUACUCAGGCGUCGAGGCUUUGAGGAGGGAGAUUCAGGAGCAAGAGAAGCUUGUCAAAGCUCGCCGCCUUGCGAUCGACUCCACCAAAGAAGCUCUCGAUGCUGCUCUCGAACAGCAGGCCGUCUCGCAGAAAGAGGUCGUUGCCCUCCUCGAACGAAAGCACUCCUGGUCGUCAAGUGAUCUCGAACGCUACAUGUCCUUGAUCCGCUCCGAACACAUCAACGACAAAGCUGUAAGGGAGGCCAAAGAAGCUGUUGAGGCUGCCGAGAAUGCAUUGGAAGAGGCACGAAGCUACCUAGAGAAGAGGGAGCGUGCGCAAUACCAUGAAGAGCAGAUUUGGAGUGACACCAUCCGAAGGAACAGCACUUGGGUCACAUUCGGUCUGAUGGGUGUCAACAUCUUCCUUUUACUUCUGAGUCUACUGAUUCUCGAGCCAUGGCGAAGAAGGCGGAUGGUCAGAGAAAUCAAGACCGCACUGGAAGCACAGAAGGUCACUGCUGAGGCAGCACCCGCUCCUACCUUUGCGACCGCAUACGUCGCAGCCAAUCCUGCUACCGAACCAUCAAGUGUUGCCACAGCUACGCCAGCGGCUCCAGCGCAGAAGCCUGCAGAGCCGGAGGCGGUGGUGGAGAAGGUCGCUGAACCGACAAGCACACCUGCACACGCUGCAUCGCUUAUCGUCGCUGAACCCAACAUCAAUGAGUCGCCAACUGCAGGAACAGAGGUACCGUUACAUAUUACAGACGAGGAUGGCACUCAGAUCGGGAACAUCAUCGAGGAGGUUGUGGAACCUGCAGUCGACCCUGCAGUCCCUGGUGCCGCACCGUUGAUGCCUGGGAACGUCCAGGCCUCGCCGCAAGAGACCAUCAACAUUGAGGAAGAAAUGAGGGAGCCAUUGUCGACAAGCGACAAGAUCUGGGCCAAGCUCGGAUUAUGGCAAAGCAAGGCUGCUGUCAUCGCGGAAGAUAUCGUGAGCGAUCGACCCAUCUCGAUGCGGAGAGUCGACUUCACAACUGCUAUAUUGCAAGGUGCCGCUGCAGGAGCGAUCAUCGCAGCAGCCGCCAUUGCUAUGCUGCUAAGGCCCAACUAA